AUGGAGGGCUCAUCGACUCCCCUGGCGGAAUACUUCUGGAUCGCCGGCAUCGAAGCCGUCGUUUACGAUGAGUCCCUGCCGCCGGUAACCCACUCAACCGAGACGACCACCAUCGUCGAGGACGGCGAGGCUGAGGAUGAGGAAGACGCCGCGAGCAACCACACCAAACCAAGCGCCGCGCGCCAUUCUCGCCAGAAUUCCGCCAACCGCUUCUCCAAGCUCUCCCUGAACGAUCGGAACUCGGUCCACACCAUCGAAGAGGACGAUGGCAACACGAGGAGCAACAGGAGCAGCGCCACAAUCAGGGUCAAGCCGCCCACUGCCAACGGCAGUGGCGUCCCCAACGGCGAUGCUGCCAGCAAUCCCGGUUCCAUGGGCGAGUUUCUCGGUCUCAUGGGCGACUUUGAUUUCGACAAGGCCCUCUUGAAGUUUGCUGCGGAGAGGGAAAACUUCCUCGAGGAUCUCUCCUUCAGUGCCGGAGCCAAGACUCAGGCACGGCAGCCCAUGGUCAGCCCUCGAGCCGAGCGCAUCCGCGCCGACGAGGCUGAUGCCAGCGGGAGGGUCAGUCCCCUGAGGAGCAUCAAGGGUAGCAUCCGCCGCAAGAUCAGCUUUAGGGACAUGAACAGUCUGCGGAAGCAACCCAGCGUUGCAAGACCCAUGUCGCAGAGAGCUCCCUCAAUACGGACCACGAGAAGACUUAGUAAUUACAACUCUGUGAUUCCUCCACCCGAGCCUUUGAACACCGAUCCCGAUAUGCACCCCCUCAAGAGACGCUUCGAGCCCAUGCUUCUCGAUCGGUACCCGCCCAAGACGGCCACCGAAGAGGUUGCCCGACGAGGCAAGUUUCCGGACUAUGUGCCCAUGUUCGCCUUCCCGAACGACGUUCAGAUCGUCUCGUCCGAUGAUCGGCCGCGAUCGACCUGGCAUGGCUUCACCAUGACCUCCGACGACAACUCCAAGCUGUACGGCAUUACGCUCAUUGUGUGGACAGCGCUUCCUGCCGAUGUGGCCGAAGUCGUGGAGAACAAGUGCGAGGACUGGCGACAGAGCCACAUGUCCAACGAGGAGCGAGAGCUGGCCGCAAGCUUGGGAGUGCGCCUCGCUGGCGAGCGAUCGCAUCUGUCGCAGCUCUUGGCCAAGCUUGGGACUCUUCCCUCGGGGUCUCCGGCCCGGGACAGGCUCGAGGACGAGAUUGGAACUGUCGAGGAAAAGAUCACCCUCAUGACGGAUAUGCUGAGGCCGCUGAGACACGGUGCAGCUUCCCGAAUUGAGGGCCUCACCACCGGCGAGAGCGGGCUCUGGGCUCCGCGUGCGUACGGUAUCCUGGGCAGAGACCCUGCGAACAUGGCAUUCUGGAAAGAAUGGCUCAAGGCAAUCGUCGUCCCCAUGACCGACGGGGCCGUUCUCAGGAUCCCCCCAAGCUCUCCAAAAGUAGGCCGCUGGCAGCCCCUGGAGCAGUACGUUGUCAAUCUGUGCACUGAGGCCUUUAGCCCCCUGGGCUCCAAGACUCAGGUUGAAAUCGGCGUGCGGGAACUGCGCCUCUUCUCUCGCAAGGAAGCGGCAAACGAGAUCCCCGGCUCCAGAACCAUUGACAUCUACGCUCUUUUCAGAUGUCUCUCCCUCGAGAAUAUUGUCGCUCUGUUCGAGUAUGCCAUGUCUGAAUCCCGCAUCAUCUUCCUCUCCUCCCACACCAGCAUGCUGCACCUGGCCUGCCACGCCCUCGCAAACCUCCUGUACCCUCUCAAGUGGGCGAGCAUUUUCAUCCCGAUACUGCCCGCCAGACUGAUUUCCGCCCUCGAUGCGCCUUGCCCUUACAUUGUGGGCGUUGAGCGCCGGUAUGAGCGCAUCGAUCUCCCUGAAGACGACUACGUCCUGGUCGACCUCGACAAGGACACCAUUGAUGCUACGUCGCAGCCCAUCCGCUUGCCGCGACAGCACCGCCGGAAGUUGAUGUCUCUGCUGCAGGUAGCGGCUCCGCACAAGCUUCGGUAUGGUGUCACCACAGGGCCUCCCCCUUACGCCAUGGAGGCCUUCCCGUACGAUUCCUUCUCGUCGGAGAACGCAUCUCUGUUCACCAGUGUCGCUCCGCCCUCCACUCUUGGCAAGUGGGUGUCUCAGAAUUCGUCGAGUUUCGCGGAUCCUGACCCCCCCAACGAAGUACUACCCCCGGUGUUCAAUGGAUUCUCCGUUUCCUCAGUAGACAAUGGAAAAUCCGAUCGGCCGGGGACCAGCAAGUCGAACCAGACCAGCCCCCAAUCUUCUGUAUCCCCCGUGUCCAUGAAAUUCCCUCCUAUGCCAUCGACUCCGGUCUCGCGCAGCGAUUCAGGGUUCGCCUUGACCUCGACACUCAGGGAGAAGCGAUCGGGGCAUUUCGGAGAGGACAAGGGCCGGCGAAGCUCCUCUUUUGGAGUCGACAAGUAUCAGCCGCCCGUCCACCGUCCGAGCCUCCCGUUCCUCAACGGCCACCAGACGAACCUGUCCAUCUCGACGCUGGACUCCCAGUCAUCCUUCGGAGGGGGCUAUGCUCCCUCUACAUAUGCGGCCUCUACACUGGCUGCCUCGACCAUCAUGCCCAACAUGCAGAUUCAACCGGUUAGCAACACUGACACGACGGUCUGGGUAGAGGGUCACUGCUUCAACUGGAACCCCAAGGACACCGCGUCGGUAUGCACGAUUUGCGAGGAGAGGUCUGAAGGCGAUGGGUUCUACAAGUGCGGAGCCUGUAAGACGGUCGCUCACGGUAGAUGUUUGGGCUUCGUGUCCCUGGUGUGCCCCGAGGCCUUCCACGCAGAUCGUGUGCGAGCCGCGUUUGUGCGGUGCCUUGCUAGUCUGCUGUACACAUACCGCAAAUACUUGGGCAAGCCCUCGAAGCAGCACAAGAACAGCGGCCAGCUGUACACCUUUGACAUGGAUGGCUUCAUCAAGAGUCUCCCUUAUGAUCAGCAAGAGUAUGUCACAAUGAUGCGGGAGACGCAAGCUUUCAACGAAUUUAUCCAUGACAGAGAGAUGAAGCUUGCGUCUGACCCCGAAAUCCGACUCUUUGACGAGAUCAUCAUGGCCAAGAAGGCCCGUGGACGCACCGCUAUACCUUCCAGCCUGUCCCGUCUUUCGACGCUUCGCGGUUCUGGCUCGACCAACUCAUGGGGCUCCGGCCGAGGCAGCGGCGGCAUCAGCGGUGCCAACGGCAAGGUUCCUCCUUACCUGAGCGACACCUCAGAGCACAUAUGGCGCACUGCCUCUGUGCCUCUACCCAAGGGCAACUUCCCUGGCGAAUAUCACAGCAUCGUGACUCGGAUGCCGGCUCGCCUCGACCCCUCGCUCAUGCGUGAGCCACGCACCAUUCAGGGUGUUCCUCGCGUCGAGCCGCGUGGCCCAAGGGGGGUUGCUCGGAAGCAAGUACCCAAGAUGGGCAGCACACCUCCAUGA